AUGCAUAUACUACAAAAGAAUGCCAACACAAAACCUUAUAUUCAGAUUGCAUAGUCACUCAUCCUAAAAAUCAAUUAGUUGUAAUCCUACCAUUAAGAGAUUUUGAACUUUCUAGGUAUUCUGUACAAAAAACUAUAGCCAGUAUUGAUAUACAUCCUAAUAAAAGAGGAUUUGAGUAUUUUUAGAUAAAGAAUGUCAAUAUUAUAGAAUCAUUUAAUAUAAACUCGAGAAAUAUGAAAAUCAGAAUGUAAAGAUUAUAAUAAAAUAUUGUCAACUACUUUAUAGAUAAAUUAGAUUUUAUAUAUAUUUAUUAAAUAGCUUUUAUUAAGACUAUUAUUCUUUAAAUUGAAUAAUUUUACAAUGAAAACAUACUAAAAUUGUGA